ACAGGCCAUCUAAAUCAUCCACUGAACUAAGAAGCAUCUCCACAGCAGGAGGGAAUAGAGAAAAUAAGAGAAGGAAGGCAAGAGAGGGAAAGAGAGAGAGAGGGAUGAAGACAGCAGUGCUUGGACAAGAGAAAGAGAGAAAAGAGAGUGCUUGUGCGUCAGAUAGGCAGUGAGACUUGGCCUCGUUAAAGCCGUCUAACACAGAUGUCAGAGGGGUUGUUUGCAGAGGUCAGUGUUUAAGUGAGGAUCUCCACAGCGCUGCCAGGCUAAAACUCACACCGCUGAUGAAGCUCCGCCCCUCCACCAGUGCCAGUGCUCUUCUGUGAGGAGUGAGGCUCUGUUGCCGUGGACACGAGUCAUGCCCGCCCCUCUCACACGCCUCCUCUUUGCUGCCAUCUGGUGGGCGACCGUGUGCAUGAGAGCCUCUGCGCUGCCAACAAACAACACUUUCCUGUUGAGUCUGCCGGAGGCUGUGUUUGGACUAGGUGCCGAGCGAGAGGGAACACUGCAGGCUGGUCAAGGCGUAGAGAACGUCCCACGUGGUUACGGCGGCGUUGCGGUGGCCGAGGGAGGUGAUGUCAUUGUGCCCCACGUGCGGCGCCGGAGGGCCAUAUCCAGCCGUGACAUGACCGCCCUACUAGACUACCACAACCGAGUGCGUUCGCAAGUCUCCCCACCCGCAGCCAACAUGGAGAUCAUGGUCUGGGAUGAGCGGUUGGCCAGGUCGGCCGAGUCUUGGGCAUCUCGCUGCAUCUGGGAUCACGGGCCUUCCCAUGUCAUGAAACACACAGGCCAGAACCUGUCAAUCAACUCUGGCAGGUAUCGCUCCGUCAUUGAUCUGGUGCGUUCCUGGCAUGAUGAGAGGCAUGCCUUCUCCUACCCGACCGGCUGCAGCGGCGCUGUCUGCUCACACUACACACAGAUGGUGUGGGCCAGCACCAACAGGAUGGGCUGUGCCAUCCACAAAUGCUACAACAUGUAUGUAUUUGGCAGCACCUGGAAACAAGCUGACUUUUUAGUCUGUAACUACUCCAUAAAAGGGAACUGGGUGGGGGAGGCGCCGUACAAGCGAGGCAAGCCUUGCUCCGCCUGUCCGUCCAGCUACGGGGGGUCAUGCUCUAGGAACCAGUGUUCUGGCCGCUCCUCGCGGCGCGCCCAAUCAUCACGCUCCACCACGUUGUCGCGCUCCUCCUACUCCAGAGUCAAAAAAUUUAAGAGGUGGUACUAGCGGAAGCCAUCAGUGAGCCCACAGCUCACAGAUUAGCCAGUAUCUUUGGAAUUCAGAGCAAAUAUGUUUUUGUGAAGCAACACCACUUUUGUCUAUUUAAUUGUCAAUAAUAUUAUGUCAUAAUCCUAAUUCAAUCCUAAAAUAAAAUCAACCAGAGUCCCUUUUACCAAUAUAAUUCCCUGAACAUAAUGGCCCUCUGAUAGACUUUUAUAUCAGUCUUUUUUAUUGCUGAACCAUUGUCUCUCUACAAUGACAUGAACUUUGAGUGUGUGAAUGAAUAUACGUAUGGGUGUGUGUGCACACAAGUUAGUAUGUUUAGUUAGUAUGUAAGACAUACUAGUUAGUAGUAAGACAUACUCUACAGAGCGCCAUCGUCUUUGGCUUAGAAGGCUGCAUGGUUGUGUUGGGACCUAUGUAUUUUGUGGAUGGACUUGAAAAAGUGUUUCUUUGUGUGUUGGUGCGUGUACUUGUAUGCAUUUACAUGAAUACAUGAGUGUGUACAUGUUUAAAGUUGCCCCUAAACUGUUUGCACUGUUUUGGUUUGUUAUUUUUGACUUCAGAGGUAAUUUUGUAAAGAUGUUGUCUCUCUACAAUGAAGCACUUUUAUUUUUUUACAUGAAGGUAGACCAUGUUCUGUAGAGUGUGCCUGUAUAUGUAUGUUAUUGUAUUAAUGUGUUGCCAGGCUACUAUCUUUUUAAAAUGUGUGUCUUUUUCGAUUGUCCCUGCCAUGCAGAGAUCAUGCAGCCUCUGUCCACAUCUCCACACUAAUAAACCCCCUAUUGAGGCCUAAUUAUUGGGUUGACCUAAAAUGUACCUGCUAUUAACUGUCACACCAGACACACACACAC